AUGGUUCCGGCUACAAAUGUUAAUUUAGAGAAUUUAGAAACUCCACAGGUUAUGCUUGGGAAUCCGGAAUUUACACGGAGUUCCAAAAUCGAUGCCCUUUUGGGUGCUGAAACCUUCUUUGAAAUUGUUAAGGGUGAACAAAUACGUUCAUCUCUAAAUUCCUUAAUAUUUCAAAAUACUGUAUUUGGUUAUGUCGCUGGUGGCUAUGUAAAUACAAACAAUCAGGAGCCCUGUACUAAUUUAUGUAGUUUAGUUUUUCGAAAUGAGAAUAUAGAAAAUGUAAUCGAAAAAUUCUGGUUAGUGGAAAAUAUUAGUGAAGAAAAUACUAUUCUUAGUAGUGAAGAAGAGUUUUGCGAGGCGCAUUUUAAAGAAACCCACACUAGAAAUAAGGAUGGUCGAUUUGUAGUUAAAAUGCCGAUGAAAGAAGGUUUGUUGGGUGAUUCUAAAGCCUUAGCCAACGUUAGACUUAACCAAACAGUUAAGCGAUUGUAUAAGAAUCCCAUGAUGCAAAAUUUAUAUAAGGAAUUUAUUGCAGAAUAUGAAAGUUUGGGUCAAAUGGAAAAGGUGAAUAAUGACCUUUGUGAAGGAUCGUAUUAUUUGCCGCAUCAUGGAGUUUACAAACCUGAAAACUCAACUACAAAAUUAAGGGUUGUAUUUAAUGCCAGUGCCCCUAGUACAUCGGGACAAAGUUUAAACGAUUUGCUUCUUGCCGGUGCAGUGAAAGAAAAUAUUUUUGAAAUAAUGACUAGGUUUAGGACUUAUAAAUACGCAUUUACGGCCGAUAUUAAGAAGAUGUACCGUCAAAUAUUAAUUGAUGAAUCGCAAAGAAAUCUGCUAAAAAUAUUAUGGAAGGAUAAUAUGAAUCAAUUUCCAAUUACGUAUCGUCUUAACACUGUUACUUAUGGCACAAAAUCGGCUCCAUUCUUGGUCAUUCGUUGUUUGAAGCAACUCGCUUUGGAUGAAGCGGAACAAUUUCCGUUAGCUUCGCAAGUUACACUAACAUAUGUGUAUAUGGACGAUUUUGUCUCGGGUGGGCUGCCCUGGGCUGCUACUUUAGAAGCAGCCCAGGAAUUACAAAGGCAGUUGAUACAAAUGCUGCAAACUUGUGGCAUGGAGCUUCAUAAAUGGACUUCAAAUUCAUCUGAACUCAUAAAUAAUAGCUCUGAGGAAACUAAACAACAAUAUUUUCUCGUUGAUCGACAUUCUUCAGUAAAAGCUUUGGGUCUGAAUUGGCAACCAAAAGAAGAUUAUUUUCUUUUUAAGGUAGACUUAAAGAUCAAGCCUUUCUACACUAAAAGAAACGUGUUAUCAGUCAUCGCUCGUUUGUAUGAUCCAUUAGGUCUCGUUAGUCCUGUUAUUACAAAGGCCAAAAUUUUUAUGCAAAAAUUAUGGAUCCAACAAUUGAACUGGGAAAAUGCUCUCCCUCAGUCAAUUCAGCCAGAAUGGUCGAAUUUUGUGACAUCUUUGAAAGUCAUCGAAAAUCUCAAAAUUCCUAGAUAUAUCUUGAUAGAAUCUUAUGAAAGAACUGUUAUAGUAGGUUAUGCUGAUGCUUCUGAAGCUGCUUUCGGAGCAGUAGUUUACAUGAAAUCUAUUAUGAAAGAUGGCACAGCUGCCAAUAAACUUAUUGCCAGUAAAUCAAGAGUCGCUCCCAUUAAAGUAAUUUCGAUCCCUCGUUUGGAGUUGUCAGCGUGUCUCCUUCUCUCGCAGUUGAUAGAAAGAAUUCGUUCUUCUCUUCAGAUGCUAAUCAGUGAAACAACUGUUACACAGAUUCAACAAUUGCACUUGUCUGGAUAA